UCAGUUAAAUCUCAGUCACAAAAACUCAACUUCCUCCUUUCUCCAAAAAAUCUCUUCCAAAUUCCACACUUUUCCAUUUCCCAAACCCACCCUCCAAUCCAUGGCUUCCCUGAACCUCCUUCCCCACCCUCCACUUUUCUCUUCUUUCCUUCACAGACCACACUGCAACACCCAUCUUCUUCUCACACCAAAACCUUCUCAACGAAGGCCUUCUCUUGUGGUCAAAUCUACUGUGGGUGUGGCUGACCCUUCUCCAUCUUCUUCUUCCUACGCUGGGGAUACCUCUGAUUCCAUCUCUUCUUUGAAGCUCAAUCUGCUGAGUGCUGUUUCUGGGCUAAAUAGAGGCCUUGCUGCAAGCGAAGACGAUCUUCGAAAGGCAGAUGAUGCUGCUAAGGAACUUGAAGCUGCUGGAGGACUUGUGGAUCUCUCGCUUGGUCUUGACAAUUUGCAAGGAAGAUGGAAACUCAUUUAUAGCAGCGCAUUUUCGUCUCGAACCCUUGGUGGAAGCCGUCCUGGUCCUCCCAUAGGAAGACUCCUUCCUAUUACUCUUGGACAGGUUUUUCAACGAAUUGACAUCUUGAGCAAAGAUUUUGAUAACAUAGUGGAGCUUCAACUAGGUGCUCCGUGGCCCCUACCACCCCUUGAAGCGACUGCCACAUUAGCUCACAAAUUUGAACUCAUAGGAUCUUCAAAGAUAAAGAUAGUAUUUGAGAAAACCACUGUGAAGACAGCUGGGAAUUUGUCACAGUUGCCACCAUUGGAGGUGCCUCGGAUUCCCGAUGCAUUGAGGCCUCCAUCUAAUCCGGGAAGCGGUGAAUUUGAAGUUACAUAUCUUGACUCGGAUACUCGCAUCACAAGAGGAGACAGAGGCGAGCUAAGGGUCUUUGUGAUUGCUUGAGUUCCUGGUGAAUGCAACUAUGCACUAUGCAUUUUCUCUGUUGGACUUAAAAAAAAAAGGGUUUCAACACCUUGUGCCAUCAUUUUGUUUAGUUUUUUCCUCCUGAUGGUAUUUGUUCUAAGUUCUUCAAUAUUGUAAACAUGAUGGAAUUAAACUCUACUAUAUAGUUCCAAGGAAGCAGGGUACUUUUUGUUUAAGUGUAACAUAUUUCUUUUUUAAGGAAUAAUUGCUUACAGAUCAUUAGAUAUGGAUACUUGAAUACACUGUUGAGAGAAUUCCCCUUCAGUCUUA